AAACAAUUCCUUAACUUACGCGGCAUGACUUCCAUUCUGCUAUUUUCUCAAUUUAAUAUAUUCAAUUAAAUAUAAACAAAUAAUGCAGAAGAAUAUUUAAUCUUUUACUGAAAAAAAUGAACGAAGAAAAACAGCUUGAAGCUUUAAAACGGCUAUCUGCUCGAGCAAUUUUGGAGUUUGAUGAUGUUAAUGCAAAAUACGCUGAAUACUAUGAAAAGUUUUGCAAGGAAGAGGAAAAAUUUAAAAAAUUAGAUUCACAAUUUAAGCAACUUAAACAAGUUUCUUUAUUGGCUGUAUCAGAGUAUGACUCAUUACAAAAGCAAUAUGCAGCUGAAAACAAAUAUAGAGCAGAAAUUGAAGAAAAGUUGCGAAAGGUUACAGAGGAAAAUCUUGAACUGCAAAAACAAAAAAAUUCUGGCUUUUCUAUAAACGCUAUGACUGAUACCAACUUUAACGGAAACAAAGGAGAUUUAGAUGUUCUUCGAAGUUUGAAGGAUGCUGUCAAUGAUGAGCUUCGUAAAGUAAAGAAGGAGCUUGCUCUCACAAAAGAGGAGCUUACUCAUGAGCGUAAUAAUCAUAAAAUUACGCAAUCCACUUUAAACGCAAAUAUUCAAGAAAUAAAUCAAUUAAAGCGAGUAUCUGCUAUGGCUCUAGAUGAAUUUAGUGUUCUUAAACUUAAGUUUGAUAUUGAGAAAAAUUGUCGUGAAAAGGCAGAAGAAUAUGCAAUAGAGUCACUAUAUCGUACUAAAACUGAAUCAAGAAAAAGUCGAGCAAUGAUGGCUUCAACUAAAGAUAGCAGAAUAGAAAAAUUUAUGCAAGAAAUAGAUGAUUUGACUGCUGCUGCUGAAAAGGAAAGAAAGGAGUUCAAUAAUCAAAUAAAAGAACUACAAAAUGAAUUAGCAACUUUCAAAAAUACCAGUGAACUUAAAGUUUUACAAGAUAAAGUAUCAUUGUUAAUGGAUGAGCUAGAUCUUACACAAAAACAACUUGAAGAAGCCAAAACAAGAGCAUUAAAUGCAGAGCACGAAGUUUCAACACUUUUUGAAAGAAUUUCAUCUUUGGAAAAAAAAUUGGAAGGCACAAGUCAAGUACAAUUCCUUCCUCCCCCUCCUCCACCUCCACCACCACCAAUAGCUGCUCCUAUUAUUAGAAAAUUGUUUUUCAAGAUUGGUAAAAAAAAGAAAACUAAGGAUGUUGAAGUUGAUGAUAAUGAGGAGGCUCGGCGUAAAGCCAUGGAAGAUAUGAUUGAUCGAAUAAAAAAAGGAGUAAAACUGCGUUCUGUUGCUUCGCCAUUGAAACCUAACAGCCAAGAUGAAAAUGUGUCAGCUAUGGGAGAGUUAGCUGGAUUAUUGACAAAUAUGCGUUCAACUCAACCCAACCAAAAAGAAAAAGCUGAUGCUACAGAAAAACAGCCUGAAUUUGCAACAGUGAAACUACGAAAAGCAUCUAGUUUUCAGUCGUCAACUUCAGUUGAAGAAAGUGUUUCUGAGUUAAAAAAGAUUUUACAAAGGCAGAAAACUUUUGCAGAAGUUUUUGAUGCAGAAGGUGAAGAAGGGUCUUCAAAUAUAUUAAAUAAUGUGGAGGUUAAAGAUUCAAAUUCUCAGGAGGAAAUAGAGUCAUUUAUUAAGCAAACAGAUUCAUUAGUUGAAUCAUUAAGUCAAUCAUCAGAUUCAUUAGUUGAAUCAUCAAGUGUUCAGUCAAAUCCAUCCUCUAAAUCGGAACUAGAAAAUGUCAGUUGUCCAGAAAGUGAAGAAGCAAAAGCUAUAUACGAAUCUGUGAAACUGUAAAUGUUUCUACUUCAAUUGAUAAAUUUGUGAAUUUUUUUUAUUAAUUUUUUUAUAUAUUUUAGCAAUACUUCAAUAUGAUGUUAAAGUAUUUAUUUCGAACAAUUGGUGAUUUUUUUAUUUACUUUUUAUACUUUUUAGUUAUACUUAAAUUUCUAUAUAUUUUUUAUAUUUUGAAAGUUAUUUUUUUUUUAAUUUGAAAUUUUUUUUUUUAUACUUUUAUAUUUAUAACGAAAGA